AUGCUCUUACGUUCCUACGCUGUGUCGCUCGCUCUCCCUCUUUCCUUCUAUGCCGCCGUAGCACUCGACUUGGACGUGAACAGCCUAGACUCGAUUAAAUCCACGGCGAAGACAAUCGCGAGCGCUAUUGUUGGAUCCUACAAUGACAAUCUCGAGGAAGAGCGGGUACCAGGUCUUUUCGAGGAACCUUACUACUGGUGGGAGGCCGGUGCCGUAUGGGAAUCAUUGCUCGAAUACUCGCACCUGACUGGCGAUUCUCAGUUCAACGACCUGAUAUCAACUGGCAUCUUGCAUCAAGUCGGCGACUAUGACGCUUUCAUGCCCCCAAAUCAGACGAAGACGCUUGGCAAUGCCGACCAAGCCACCUGGGGCCUGGCUGCUAUGACGGCUGCUGAAAUUGGAUUUCCGGAGCCAAGUGGAGAAACAAAGUGGGUCGAUCUCGCCGUCAAUGUAUUCAACACGCAGGCUGCGCGUUGGGAUGAGGAGAGCUGCGGCGGCGGCCUGAAGUGGCAGAUCUUCACCUUCAACAACGGAUAUAACUACAAGAAUACCUGGUCGAAUGCUGGAUUCUUCCUUCUCUCUGCGCGCCUCGCGCUCUUCACGAAGAACGAGACGUACUCGCAAUGGGCCGAGGAGGCCUACCAAUGGAUGCAAGACGUAGGCUUGAUCUCCGAUUUCCAUGCCUUUGAUGGUACCGACGAUAGAGCCAACUGCUCGCAAAUCAAUCACAUCCAAUGGACCUGUAACCAUGCUAUGCUGACUGAGGGCGCUGCUCUCUUGUACAACCUAACCAGCGGAGACAACACUUGGAAAGACGCCGUCACCGGCUUCGUCAAUGCCUCCUCCGUCUUCCAAAAUGACACCAUCCUGUCGGAAGUCGCCUGUGAAAACAACGGGAAAUGCGACGUUGACCAAAAGGCCUUCAAGGGCGUCGCCGUACGUUCCUUCGCUCGCGCUGCCAUCGCGGCUCCCUUUGCCUCUGAAUCCAUCAACACGAUGCUCCAAGCCUCAGCGAAGGGUGCAGCUGCGAACUGCGACGGCGAUGGCAACGAUUUGACCUGCGGUCUGAGAUGGACUGGGGAGAAUGACGACGCGGACAGCGUAGACGAUGGCGGCCUGGGAGAAGCAUUCAGCGCCAUGGCUGCUGUGCAGGCGUUGCUGUGGCCGCAAGCGGAGCCUGUGGAGAGUGGGAACUCAACGAGCCCUAGCCCGAGCGCAUCUGGGACGGGAAGUCCAUCGGGCACUGGUGGCGCGGCGGGUCCGGAAAACACAAAUGCGGCGGGUAUGACCGUGGCGUCUUGGGGUACGGCAUUCCUGGGUGCUGUAUUUGCGGUUUUGCUUCUGUAA